AUGAUGAAAGCCUUCCACUGCAUCCCUGUGACGGAUCUGGCGAACGAAACCGUCUCCGCUGUCGCGUACACCACAGAGCACUUCCUCAUCGGCACCGAGGCCGGAAGCCUCCUGAAGUUCUCGCUCCCCGAUACAGACGACCCCGGCGAGCUUGCGGCCGGGGCGAAGCUCCUUGGUCAAUUUCGCUUGAGCAGAGGCAAACGAGUCGAGAAGCUCGCGAUUCUCGAGUCGCUCCAGCUCGUGAUCUGCUUCGAGGACGGCAAUGUCCAUCUGCUGCCUCUCGCGCUCAACGGCGCUGGCUACGUCCUCUGCAGAAAUGCGUCAACUUGCUGCGUGCAUCAGAGCGGCGAGGGCGGCGCCCUAGCUGAGAAGGGGGCCGCUGGCAGAGAGCGAGAUGAACUCCGCUUCCUUCCUGAGCUCUGCGUGGGGCUGAAGAAGAAAAUCGUUUUGUACUCGAUCGUUGGCACGGACUUCCAACCCUACAAGGAAGUCGCUCUCCUCGACACGCCGCUCACACUCUGCUGGCGAGACGCCUGGAUCUGCAUCGGCACCAAAAAAGAGUACCUCUCCCUCCGGCAUGACCAAGAAAAGGCGACGGAGAUCCUCGCGCUGGACGCGCAGGCGUCGCGCGCCCUGCCGCAGAUGCUGAUGCUUCCCGACGAAGAAGUGCUCAUUCUCGGGCUGGAAAACUUGGGAAUUUUCUUCAACCUCGUCACGCAGAUGCCAAGUCAAAGAAACACCAUCCGAUGGGCGGCAGAUCUUGUGCACGUCUCGGUCUGCUUUCCGUACUUGGUGGGGAUCACGGCGUCGGGGCUCGUGGAGGCCUACAGCAUCCACGGGCAGAAUCUUUGCCAGACGCUUCACUUGCCUCCGCCGCUCACAGCGCUUGCCUCCAACGGGCGGCACCUCCUCGUCACCAGCAAAACCUCCGUUAGCUGCCUGUUUCCGGUCCCCUUCAAGCAACAGCUUCACAAACUGCUUUUGGCAAGCCGAACGGCAGACGCGUUGCAUUUGCUUUCUGCGAACUUUAGCGCCGACGACCCCCGCAGAGCCACCGAACUGAGUGCCUUCCACGACCUCGCGGGAUGGGUGGAGUUUUCGCGGCUGCAGUUCCCAGCCGCGUUUCAACACUUUUCGUACGCCGGCGCCGACGUUCUUCGGAUUAUUUCCUUCUGGUCGGCGCACCUUCCGAGCUGGUGGCGGACGCCGGCGGUCUACUUGGAGACUUCUUCCUCCUCUCCGCAUGCAGCGAGUCAGCUGGACUGCUCUCUCGUGCCGCGCGUUGAAGAGAUCUCGCGCUUCAUUCGAGAGCGGACGGAUCAAACGCGAGCGGGUGAUGGAGAGCAGCAGGGAGAAGCAAAACAUCAAGUCCUCCUGGAGCUUGCCAACUCCUCGAUGGCGGCGUUCCUGUCUAAGGAGAGAGCGUCUCUGUUGAUGGGUCGGUCGGACCGCGUGCACUGGGCCCCGCUUCAGGAGGCGGCCGAGUCUGCGCCGUAUCCUGCAGAGUCCAGGGAAGAUCUUUUGGCGUUUCUUCUCAGUCUCGUCGACACUCUAUUGUUCAUGUUAAUGGUCGAAAGCGACGAUGAACGGUGGAAGACUCUGCUGCUCGACGCGCAGCCUCCGCUGGCCUGCAACGUCGAGGACUGCCGCGCGUUCCUCCUGGCGGUCCAUCGGCCGGACGCGCUCGCCGCGAUGCUCUCGCGGUUCGGUCGGCGCGAAGAGGCGCUGGAGAUCUGGGCUCAGAUCGUGAAGGGCGAGCUGCGUAUCGCUCCCAAGGCGACGGCCGUCUCUGAUGGCAUCCAAGAACUCCUCGCGCUGCUGGCGCCGGUGGAGGCGUUCGAGGAAGGCGAGAGCGAAGCGCCGCUUUCUGGGGGAGGUGGCGAAGCCGCAGAUGCGGCGAAGGAAAAGAGGAAGCGACAAGAAGUCGAAGAAGAGCUCCUGCAGCGCUACGCGCCGCUCGUGCUGCGAGCAGAUCCCAUGCUAGCGCGGCAGCUCUUCUUUUCGCCUCAGCCGUCUAUGGAGUCACGGCUUCGAGUGUCGCCGAGCCUCGUCAUGCGUCUGCUUCAGGAAGGCAUCGAUGACCGCGCGCUAUCGCAGAAGCUCCAAGAGGCGUUCAUCGAGGAGAUCGUGCUGAACGUCGCGGGCGACGAGGAGGAAGCAGACGCGAGUGCUAGGGCGCUCGGCGGCCAAGAAGAACGACGCGAACGGGCAGAGUGGAGACGCGAGGCGGCGGAGCUGCAAACUCACCUCGCCAUGACGUACAUCGACAGAUUGCUGGACUCGAGCGCGGGCUCCGCGGACGCCGAUACUGCCAGGAGGGGCGAAGGAGAGCUGAGUAGAGCCCUCGCAGACGUUCGGAUGAAACUCCUCGAACUACUGGAAAGGAGGCGAAACUACCACGUGGAGUCGCUCCUGAAGAAGGUCGAGGGGUCGUGGCUGUGGAAGGAGACAGCUUUGCUCUACGGGCGGCUCGGACGGCACCAGGACGCCCUGCACAUCAUUGCGGUGCGGCUUCGAGACGAAGAGACGGCGGAGGCAUAUUGCCUGAUGAUCGAUGACGCGCUGCAGGCGUUCGUGGACGGCCUCUCCCCUGACGAAUACGCCUCUCUGUUCUCCAGCGACGCGCUCUUUGAAGUCCCCGCGCCGUUCCUCUCGUUGGCUCGCCUCUCCUCGUCGGCAGGAAGAGCAGGAGGCGAGCAUGGCGGCUUCGCCUCCAUUUUCAGUCCGCACUCGCCCUGGAAACAGCAGCUCGACGACCUGCCUCAAGAUCUGCACUCUGGAGGCCUGGGGCGUUUCCUGGCGAGCGGGGCGACUAGCGACGGCGGAGCGAGAGCUCCGUGCCAGCCCCGCGCUUCAGAGAGCGGCGCGGCAGCCUGCGUGAAGGAGCGAAAGCCCGCCGGUCCGCGGAGGUCUGCAGGGCUGUUGCGCGCGUUGUUGAAGGUCCUUCUGCGGGCAUGGCGCGAGGCUUCUGUUGGCGACGAGGCGCAUCCUUCGGGCGGGGAGGCACUCGCGUGGAAAGGGUCGAUUCUGAAUUUGCUCACCAAGUACGGGGCACACCCUGACUUGGCGCCGAGUCUCGUCGUGCGCCUCCUGCCCGACGCGUGGCUGCUGACCGAGGUCUCGGACUACUUGGUCUCUUCGUUCCGCAACCUGCUUCACGAAAAAAUGACCGCGUCGCUGCAGGAGCAACUCUCGACUGUGUCCUACUUGCAGACCUACUCGCGCUGGGCGAGCCAGCGAGCUGCGUCGUACGUCGUCACACCGGAACGCUCGUGUCCAGUCUGCACGCGGCGCCUCGGUUCAGCGGCCUUCGUCGCCUAUCCCGAUGGGACCUGCGUGCAUUUGCAGUGCGCUGGUGACGUUGCCUCACUGCCUCUUCACCACGAGUCGCCGCAUCCACAAAACAGUGACAGCCGUAAGCGAGAGGGCACCCGAGGCGCUUAUCAGAUUUUGAAACUGUGCGCCUCCCGUGCUUUCGCAGCUGAGUCCGACAGUCGCGGCAACAAUUUCCUACUUCGUGACUACGCGGGAUAA